AUGAAGCUGACAGCCAUCUUCGCCGCAAUCUCACUCGCCUCGGCCGUCGCAGCGGCCCCGGUGCAGAAUGAACCUCGGAACCUGAUCCCGGGCCUCCCGACUCCCAUGGAUUUGGUCGAGAAGAUGUAUCCUAACUCUGGGAUCCCGAGGCUUGCAGGCAAGGUCGAGCAGGAGUUGCACAUCUGUAUGUCGUACUUGAGAAUUGAGAAAUGGCCGUGA